GAGGGAGCGAGAGCGCGCGCUCCUCCUCCUGCAGGCUUGCCGUGCAAUCAGCCCGGGCGCCUCUGAUUGCUGCCGCCGCUGCGCCCAGCUCGAAGUUUAGCUGGCAGCUCCGGCUCCUCCUCAGGCAGCCAGCGGCAGCCGCGCUAGGAGCCGGAGGCGGGGGUGGCGGUGCAGAGCCAGCCGCUAGCCGCUUGGUCGCUCUCCUUCCUUCCUUCCUUCCCAGCCUGUGAAGAGCCGGACCCCACGCCGCUGUCCUCCGCCGCAGCAUGCUGAAAGUCACCAUGCCCUCCUCGUCGUCCUCCUCCUCCUCCUCGUCGUCGUCGUCCGCGCCUACCUCGUCCGCCGCCGCCUCCACUGCUGCCCCUACUUCGGGCCGGGCGGGGGGCGCCGCUGCUUCUGCUCCCGCUCCCCCAGCCCCCGCCACCACCGUUCCGGAUUACUGGGUCGACGGCUCCAACAGAGACACCUUGGCCGACUAUUUCGAGCUGGAGUCGGAGCUGGGACGGGGCGCUACAUCUAUUGUCUACAGAUGCAGGCAGAAGGGAACAGGAAAGCCAUAUGCUGUUAAAAUCUUGAAGAAAACUGUAGACAAGAAGAUUGUCCGAACAGAAAUAGGAGUUCUACUGCGACUUUCACAUCCAAAUAUUAUAAAACUGAAGGAGAUAUUUGAAACCCCCACAGAAAUCAGCCUUGUCUUAGAGUUGGUCACAGGAGGAGAGCUGUUUGACAGGAUUGUGGAAAAAGGAUAUUACAGUGAACGAGAUGCUGCUGAUGCUGUGAAACAAAUCCUCGAGGCAGUUGCUUAUCUCCAUGCCAAUGGAAUUGUUCACCGUGAUUUGAAACCAGAAAAUCUACUAUAUGCAACACCAGCUCCAGAUGCACCUUUAAAAAUAGCUGAUUUUGGACUUUCCAAGAUUGUUGCAGAUCAAGUGACCAUGAAAACAGUCUGUGGAACUCCAGGGUACUGUGCACCAGAAAUUCUACGAGGGUGUGCCUAUGGCCCAGAAGUGGACAUGUGGUCUUUGGGAAUAAUCACCUACAUCCUACUUUGUGGGUUUGAGCCGUUCUAUGAUGAAAGAGGAGACCAGUACAUGUUCAAGAGGAUUCUGAACUGUGAAUAUGACUUUGUUUCCCCCUGGUGGGAUGAUGUGUCUCUAAAUGCUAAGGAUUUGGUUAAGAAGCUAAUUUUGCUUGACCCCAAGAAACGUCUUACCACAUUUCAAGCUUUACAGCAUCCGUGGGUCACAGGGAAAGCGGCCAAUUUUGCUCAUAUGGAUACAGCUCAAAAGAAACUCCAAGAAUUCAACGCUCGGCGUAAACUUAAGGCUGCAGUGAAAGCUGUUGUUGCAUCAACUCGUCUUGGGAGUGCAAGCUGCCACAGCAGCCAUGAUGGCAAUAAGCCCAGCCAAAACCAGUCUCCAGGUCCAGAGACUGAAGUUAAAGAAAGAAUGGAAGAAAAAGAUGCAGAGGAAACACCCCUUAGUGAUUCUCAGGAAGUGGACCCUCAGGAACCAGCACUAGAAGAAGAGCCCUAGGUCAUGGAGUAUCUUGUUUCAGUCAAGACCUGUCAUUUCAUGCCCAGCCAAGGUACCAAUCAGCAAGAAAGAAUUAUCAGCAGGGCCACUGUGAUGACUUUGCUUAGAGACGCAAAAUGCAUUAGCUGGUGACCUUAACUUCAAUGCAUGUGACUGCUUCUGAAAUAAAUAGUAAACAGUCUUUUAUUGGCAUGCCAUGGAUAAAGUGAUAUUUACAGUAAUACCAACAAGUGAAAUGGAGAGAAAGGAGAGUCUAAACACUCCUUAUGAUCAACACAUAUAUCUCAUGUAGAGUGUUUAUAGAUAACAUGAAAUAUGAAUAUGGCUUACAAAAAAAUAGGCAUUUUUUCAAGAUACUUUUUAUUCAAAUCCUUCCUUUCAAACUCAUAAUCACCCAGUAGUAGAUUGAUGGACACUAAGAUCCACCAGAUAUUUUUAAAACAGCUUAUGAAGCAUUUUGCAUUCAUCAGUGAUAAUUUACAAACUGUUUACAACUGAGGACUUAGAUAUUUAUAUGCAAAAACAUUCCACUGAUUCCUGCAAAAGAUUGAAAAAUUUGUUCAGAUGGCUGUGGAACUCUGUGUACCUGAAGCUGUGUUAAGAAUGCCUUAUCUCCAUCAGUGACCAUUUCUAUACAGUAUUUUGAUGAUAACCAAAAUAUCUCUGACUUUUGCCAUUUCAGUAUCCAAUAUUAUACUGACAACCAAUCAAAGGUGCAAUUUUCUAAGGUACAAUUGUAAUUAGUUAUGACUGUUAAACUGCACCAAUUUAUAAGGUUCUGGAUCAUCAGUUCGCAACUAUAAAGGUAUGCUGGGAAGAUAUCCAACAUAAAGAUACUUUUGUGGUAGAACACUCAGACAUUGCGGUAGGUGACAAUGGAAAUGCUUGCAUGGCCGGAAAUAUAGGAGACAUAUAACUGAUUUCCACGUCUCAGUGAAGACUUAAUUAGUACAGGUUUGCCAAUACAGACAACUAAUAUCUCAUAAUAAGAUAUAAUAAUACUGUAUCUCUAAGGUACAAUUGUACCUUAGACUCAAGCACUGCACAAACAGGUGUUACAAUAGUUAACUGUCAUAUACAAGGUAUGUGAGUUGGGAAAUCGUCAGAACAGAUAUCAAGCAACAUUUAUUCAUAAUUCGUUUUAUAGCACCUGAGUUUCAUAACAUAUAUACAAAAAGGGCAAUUAAUUAUCUUUGUUGAUUCAGGUACUCAUCCAAGAAGAUCUUAUCAUGACAGGUAUUUCUUACCUCCUCCUUUGCUUUUUCAAAAUAUUUCCUAGCAUAAUUUCCCUUUAAGACAAGGAAACAAAACCUAACCCAAAGAGAAAAGAAACAUUAGUUAACCACAAAAGCCAAGAGUAUGCAUUAGUUUUGUGCAAUCUAUUCUAUUGCAAUUAACAUCAGUGUAAAUGAGUAUUAUUGAUACGCUGUUUGGAAAAUGAAAAUUUCAUUGGUAGCCAGAGGACAGUAUACUAAGUUAGUGUUUAGAAUGACUGUGUCCUGUGUGACUAAAACAUAGUGAUAUUUUGACAUAUUUUUAAAAACAUGAAUAAUACAAACUUAGAUGAAAAAUAUUUGUCUUUGCACAAAGAAUGAGUUAUAUUCCAAGAUGUUAUUCUUGGAAGGAACAAUGGAGAUAGAUUUUAUAUUUCUAUUGGCAGCAUAACUUCUUGUCUGUCAGAAGAAGAGCAGGAAAACACAGUGUGAUCGAAAGCACUCCAUAUAUAGAGAAGGCUCCUUUUUUUCAACAAAAGGGAAAUUUUUGGGCUUACAUAGACAUUGAGAGAGAGAAAGAGGGCAAGAGAGAAAUAACUUAGCACCAAAAAAAAAAAAAAACCAGAAAGGAGGAGAUGGGAAUCCCAAAGAUGCUGUAUACUGUAUAUAGUGAACAACUUGAAAGAACUGUUCUUCGAAGACAAUAAUAUAGUAUAUUAUUGUCUCUGAAGAAGAGCUCUUCCUGGUUCACAGUGUGCCAGGAAAGGCAAGGGGCUUCAUUGUGGAAUAAAGACUUGUUCAUUAUGUAUACAGCAUCUUCGGGAUUUUUCUUCUCCUCCCCACCCACCACUUACACAGACAUUUCCAUGUGGCAUGAGCUCCAUUCCAUACAUAACAUAUCUGUGCUGUGUGCGCGGAGGGAUGUGUGCACAUCAGAAUUGCUUAAUUAACUGGCUGCCCUUUAAUUACAUGUCCUACUGAAAUGAAUUAAGGGUUACUGUCACAGCUGCUCGCCGUGACUUUUGUGUAUGUUGCAAGUGCUCCAAGACAUUCAGCCUGGAAGUUGGCUCAGGUUAUUGCUGUCAGCAAGCUAGCUUUUUCUUUAAUACCCAGCCAUUCAGGAACUUGGGCCCUGUACAAUCAGUGGUUUACUAGCUUCUUAUGGAAUUAGGAUGCAUUCUCUUUCCUUCAGAGAGUCCUAUAGACAGCUAGCCUUUAUGAUUCAUAGAGGUCGUUCACACGACUAUUUCUGGAGCAGGGAGGGUGGGGACAAUAUCAGGGUCAAACCUACCUUCCCCCUAGAUAAUCAACAAGCCACUAUGUGGCGUGCCACUCAUGCGCCCACACAAGCCGCAUGGAUCUCCGGAGCUUGGGGAAAUGAGUCCUGGCCUCCAGGAAGCCAAAGAUGCACCACGCGAGCAGCGCAGUGCAUUGAGAGAUUGCCCCUCUAGCUGUGUUCUAGGCACCUGGCUCUGACUACUCGGAUUGCCUGCAGCCUGAGCAUUCACAUGACCCCAAACCUGGGGUAAAGGGUGUGCUUAUGUAAGAGCGGUAAAGGGUGCGCUUGUGUUUUUUAGCCUUGGUAAAUACUCGAGCUACUGAGGGAGGUAGCACCAGGAUCAGCCUCAAUCCCAGAGUUUCACAUGAGCAACCCUACCCCGGUAGGGCUACCCAAGCCUGGGUAGGGCUUCUUGAUAUCAAACCAAACCCCCUGGGCUGUUCAGGGGGUUCUAAGUUUAAAACUUUUUUUUUAAUUUUAUCACCCCCGCUGUGGGUGCUGCUGCGGCCACAGGAGGUCUCUGGGGGUACUCCCUCCCCACCACCAUCAUUGGCCUCCGUAUAUGCCCAAAUCACCUGGUUCAGGCAGUCUUCAGCCCAUUCUGGGCCUGCCCUUUGUUGUGGUGGCUGUUUUGGAGACCCAGCAGUCUCCAAAGAGACCCAGGGACCUGGCCAUACAGAGGCCCAUUGGGCAUGUGCGGUGGCCUCCGAAAUGGCCACCACAACAGAGAGCAGGCCCAGAAUGGGCCGAAGACUGCCCGAACCAGGCAAUUUGGGACUCUCUCACAGCAUUUACUCACCCCCAGCCUGAGGGGGUGAGUAAAUUUAAAAAUAAAAGAAAUUGUGAACUGAAGCAUGGACGGUUCGGGAGAGUGCCAAAACCAAACAUGCCCGGUCCAGUUCGAGUUUGGUCUGGACUUGAACCAAACCGGGCAACCUGGUUUUGUACACACCCCUAGCAGAGUAAUAAAGACAUCUCCUGGGAAAUAAUUAGUUCUGUGAACCACUCAAAAUGUAAGAAUUUCAGCAUCUCAGUUGCUUUGAUCUGGAGGGUAAUUGAAAAAUGUUCACCCUAAUCUAGAGCUAUAGCCCUGGUAAGUGUAAAAGAAUGAAUGAGCAUAUAUGGAAGAAAUCCAAGACAUAUGAAUCCCACACGGAUGCCUGCAUGCACAUGGCCAGUAUUCCUGGGCCUUGCCACAUUGGUCUAUAUGUUCUAAUUAUAAGAAAAUGAAAAAUCACGAGAGUGUGUUACAUCUGACUCUUGUGUGACUCCCUGAAAUUCCAGCUUUUAAGAAUUGUUCACCUCACUCCAGCACAUAUUUAGAAGUAAUCCCCACUGGGACUUACUCCCAAGUCAGUGUACAUAGGAUGGCAACCUUAAAAUGUGACUGACUUUGUCGCUGCCUAAAGGAUAAUUUUGCCCGUUCAUAUGAGAGUGUGAAAGCAACUUAUUGUGGUAGGAAAAACUGAGAUAUAGAUUUUUCUCGAGUUCAUGCUAUUAGCAAAGUUUAGAUAAUGAUAUUUUGUUCUAGGACAGAUAAUAUUAUCUAUAUUAUACUAUAUACUAUAAGUACUUUUAAUUGUUCUGCCCCAGAUAUAUAUUUUCCAUCAGUAGUUAGUACUAGCUUUCCUGACCACAAAACAGCAAGAAGUUAAUCAACGGGCUUAAAUGUGCUUACAGUAGCUCUUUGUUUCAUUGGGAGGUGGAGGUUCACACACUCCCUCUGCCUCUCAUGCACAGCAAUUCCUUUUCUGGUUUGAGAUGAACCAUAGUUUACUGUUUCAUCUGAACUGGCAAACAGGAACUUGGGCUCAUCCUGCAAAGACAUCCUGCUUGUUUUGCCAGAUCAAAGUCUAGUUUCCAGUUCUAGUUUGCAAGGCAGGCACAAAACAUCUUUUGCCAGCUGAGAGAAAACAGCAAACUAUAGUUUGCCUACCCAGGAAAGGAACACAAGAAGUUGCCUUAUACCGAGUCAGACCAUUGGUGAAUCUAGCUCAGUAUUGUCUGCAGUGGCGUUCCAAGGUUUCAGGCAGGAGUCUCUCCCAGCCCUACCUGGAGCCUUCUGCAUGAAAGCAUGCACAAGCUGUUCCACUGAACUAUACUUGCAUGACCAUUCUGAAUACAAAGUCACACACAAGGAGGCUAUUCACACGUGCAUGAAAAAAUGGGCCCAGGGAGCCCAGCCUGGUUUUGCUCAUGCAUGUGAACUGCCAGAAUCGGGCUGAUCUUGGUGGCAACCCCGCCUAAUUAGCCACCCUCUAAAAUGAGGUUAAAGGAGCAAGCACUCCAUUGACCUCUUUUAUGCUCCCCACAUCGUAGAGAGCUUACAUGUGGUGCAUCCUGGUAGUUCCAGGGUCCGGGAUGACACAUCCUAGCCCUCGACCCUCCCCGCUGCCUGGCCGAGCACGCCCGGCGGCAUAAGCUGGAUCAUCUGCAGGGAAGGUGAGUAUAAGCAGCCUUCCCCGGCAGGGCCGACGAGAGAGAGGGAAAGCCGGUGCAAAUUACCAGGUUCCUGCGGUCCAGAAGGGCACCUGGGGUGAUAAAGAUAAUUAUUUUAAUUAUCUUAAAAAUAAUUCUAGCCACCAUGUGCACGGCCAGUGGGGGGGGGGUGAGCCGAGCAUCUCCCAUGGUGGCAGCGGCGGGCAGAGUGGGAGCAGCCGCUGAGCCUGACCAUCUAGCCCGGCAGCCCUUGAGAACUGUGAGAAGCUCCAGCAUACAUGCACAGUUUGAACAGAGCAUCGAUGUCUCCCCACUGACUCUAUUAUUUAUUAUUAUUAUUACAUUUAUAUCCUGCUCUUCCUCCAAGGAGCCCAGAGCGGUGUACUACAUACUUAAGUUUCUCUUUCACAACAACCCUGUGAAGUAGGCUAGGCUGAGAGAGAAGUGACUGGCCGAGUCACCCAGCUAGUAUCAUGGCUGAAUAGGGAUUUGAACUCGGGUCUCCCCGGUCCUAGUCUAGCACUCUAACCACUACACCACGCUGUCUCUCAAAGUGCACAAACUGCAUCAACACUCUGUUCAAACUGCACAGGUGCACUGGAGCACCUCGCAGUUCUCAAGGGCCACUGGGCCGGACAGUCAGGUUCAGCAGCCACUCCUGCUCCACCCGCCCCCACCGGUGGGGUGUGUGUGUGUGCGCGCUGCUGCUGCUCUGCUCACAUACAUCCCCAACCACUGGCCGCGCACAUGGUGGCUAGAAUUGUUUUAAAGACCAGUGGUUUGGCCUUGUGGCGGUGGUGGCAGCGGCUGGGGCCUCACAGAGGCCCAGAAAAAUAUUCUCACUGGGUCCCAAACCUGCUCUUGGUGGCCCUGUUCCCCGCAGCCCACCCCAGAGUCCUUCUCACUUUUUUGUGAGAAGAGGCUCAUACUGUGCCAGCUUGAUCCACUUUGUAGAACAUAUGUAUAAAGCACAAUUUUCCUCUUGUUUCCACCAUCCAUCUAGUUUUAAAAUAGUAAGCAGUGGCUUACACAUGUGUGUCAUUUGUUAUGAACAUUGUUCAUGUGCAUUUUGUGCCUGGGUAUCUAUACUCAAGUACAAAAUGUAGUACGGGGAACUUUUCCAAGAGUGACUGGCUGUUAUUAAGACAUUAACCGACACCCAGAGCAGUGUCCUCACAGCUGGAAUCUUCCUAAGCAGCAGGGCAUAAAGGGAGGAGAGUGGCGUGGGGAGCAAUUUUCAUUGCUCUCCCCUCCCUCCAUAAGUGCUCUUCACCUUCAAGAAAUAUGUCCCUGAGGAGCACACAUCCCUCAGAGCCUGAAAGACAGAGCAGCUCCCCCCGCCCUCAUCUCCCCACAUGUGCUGCUAAGAUGCUGGCUAGGUUAAGAGCAGCCUCUCCUUGCAGGGUUACAGCUUCUGCUAUGUCCUCCAAAUGCUGCUGUAGAUGUCAGCCAGUGUAUCCAAAGAAAUGCAUGGGCCAGAUCCCCAGAUGAGGCAGCAUUUCAUUCUGUUCCCCCUGUUAUACCUCAACACCAGCAGUCUUUGAAACUCACUGAACUUUUGAAAGCAGGUUGUGAUGAAUCUCAGGACACCUGUUCCAAAAAAAAGAAAAGCACUUGCUUUACAUGUACAAUGCAUUGCAGAAGCAUAAACUAGUUGAUGGAUUCACAGCCAAUGUGGGUAAGUGGUAUGGAAACUCAAGAGUUUUGAUGGCUGAUGUUGCAUAGUGUCUAGAAGAAUGAGCUGUCAUCUAGAAGGUUGCCAGUUCACAUUGCAUCUUAGCCAUGAACUCACUAGGGCACCCAAGGCGAGCCACUGGCUCUCAGCCUCAGGCCACAUCUGCAAUAUGGAGAUAAUAAAUACUGCCUGGUCAUAUAGGGCUAUUGUAAGGAAUAGUGUGAUGUUGUAAAUGAAACCUUUUUAAAAACAGAAAGAACUCUAUAAAUUCUAAGUAUUACUUCUGGCUGAAGAAGAAAUGGAUACUUGCAUGGUUAUAACCGGAAUGUGUAUUUCUUGACUCCUGAAUUCAGAGACACAACUAUCCAACUCAGCAUUAAAAGCACUCGAACGCCUAUUGAAAUCAAUGGGCUUAAGCACACCUGUCUGUUAGAUUGUGGCCAAUGGCAAUUGGUUUAAGUAUGAAGGUCCAACUUUCUUUUUCCAGUUAAUGAAAUGUAAACUCUUUGUAAUAUCACACAGGGCCACUUUCAGGGAGGCCAUGAGAUGCAGUUAACCUAAGACUUAUUUUACAAAUGUUUUAUUCCAAAGGCCCUUUGGGUUGGUUUGGGCAACAUUUUUGUAUGCUUACUGGAAUGUAUUAUCUGUAUAGUUUCCCCAUCUCUAAUGUAUUCACUUCCUCCAAAGCCACCUUUUAUAUUGCUUGUUCUAUCAAAAAUACUGUCCUCUUUAAGAACAGUGUUCGAAAAGAAAACAAAGUAACUGCAAAGUAUAAAAAACGAUAUCUGGCUGAAUGAGCUUGUACUACUUCUCUUCCAUGGUGAAAUCAAUUAUUACAGAAGUCUCAAAACUAGAAAUUUGGUUGCCAGUUCUUCACUUUUAAUAAAUGGGACUUAUCUAGCCUUUUGUAUGACCAUGUGGAGGAGACAGAUAUCUGCAUGAAGAGGAUACAUUUGGAUGCUGAAAAGCUUUUUAAAAGUAAUUUGCAUGCAUCAUAUGAAAAUAAACAAGUCAGUCCAGGAA